UUUUCGUUUAAUUUGAAUAUGUAAAGUGAUAUAUUUUUAGCACAUGACAGGUAUUGAUAGGUUAACUUCAUUCAUUCGUUUUUGACAUCCGAAAAUAUUUCAAACUAUAAAUAUAACAAUAGGACCAUAAUUUAUUUAUAAACUGGUUCUAGUCUGUGACUAAUGUAUCGAUAGAAUGCAAGGAAAUAACUCAACUUCCAUAGAACUGUUGACCUAUAUUCAAUAACACUUAACUGAGAAACAAUUGAGCUUAAUCCAAAUGUAUCUCACGUAUUCUAAACUUAAUUAAGUAAUAUUUAUAGUGCUAACAUAUCUGUAAGUUAACAUAAUGGUGUUCCAAACGUGUGGUAGUCGUAAAUUAGUAAAUAACCCGUACUUAAGCCGCUAGUGCCGCGCCCAACGAAGUGCCCAUACUGUGACGGCGAACGUGAAAAAGUGUGACUGCGUCUUACACAUAUGAGAUCGCUAUAUAAGACUUUGCGGACCCAUUUUGCUCUCAUUUCGAUUUACGCUUAAGUUUGGCAAAUACACUUCGAGCUUUCAACAGCUUUAUGCGAUUGUAGUUUGCUUAUAAUAAACAUCGAAAUGAAGUCGAUCAUUAUCAUAGCGACAGCUCUUCAAAUUGCGAUUGCUUAUCAUGAUCCCGAUUUGAAUUAUCACCUGAGCCAAGUACAGAAAGUGUCGAACUGUGACAAAGGGUACUCGUACGCAGCACCUGCAGUCCAGCUCACCACGACAGGUGUUAAGGCACCAGCACCCGCCAACACCUACCUUCCCGUCUCACAACCAAUUGUAGUAGCACCUGCCAUCCAAUACUCUGGAAGUUCUGGGUACUCAAGCGGUGGAAGCGCAGGAUAUUCCGCGAGUGCAAGCUCAGGAUAUUCAUCCAGUGGAAGUUCAGGAUAUUCAGCUGGAGGAGGAGGCGGAUACUCCACUGGAAUCACUUAUCAAUCCGUGGCACCACAAAUUACCUAUGCGACACAACCAGCUUCUUCUUACCAGUCAUCAUCGUCGCUCGCCUCCAACUACGCCACUGCCCAAGAAUACAGUACUAAAGAAGUUCACGGAUAUGCCACUUCAGCUGGACUCUCAUCAGCUGCGACUAACAGCAAGACCGUGACACCUCUUGCAACCUACGCACAAGCACCAAUCAUCUCCAAAGUGACAGCGGCUCCACUUAUCGCCAAAUUUUCUUUGGCUCCCGCGAAGACCUCAUACAUAACACAGAACUUGGUCGCACAACAAGCUUACUCAACAGGUUCACUGGCUAAGGCGUCACUCAACUCCUACAGCAACGUCCAUUCUGGUGGUCCCGUGGUAUCACAAGUGUAUGCCGCUCCGUCUUCUGGCUAUGCAACAUCGCCCGCUUUGAGAGUGCAACAAGCCCAGGUUGCGCAAUACUCUGCAGUUGCAGCGCCUGCAGUCGCCCAGUACAGCCACGUUUCCGUAGCGGCGCCUGCAGCGGUGUCCUACGCUGCUCCAUCCGUAUCACAGUACGCUAAUUCAGUAUCUCACGGUACUGCGUCAUCUUCUAACUACUUCACACCAGUCGUCUCGCAGCAUUCCGGUUCAGUGAACUCCGGUCAAUACUCUGGAGCUGUAGUGACACAGCACGCAGCGCCUGUAGUGCAGCAGUACUCUGCACCAGUGGUGGCUCAGUACUCGGCUCCCACGGUAGUGCAGCACUCUGCUCCCGCGCCAUCAGUUGCACACUACUCAGCGCCGGCAGUAACGCACUACUCGGCGCCAGCUGUCGGUCAGUACUCAGCUCCAGCUGCGGCGCACUACUCGGCCCCAGCAGUGGCUUCAGUGUCUCAUUACGCGAGUGCUCCCGUGGUAUCGCACGUGACCUCAUCGGCAUACUCUGCGCCUGCUGCUGCUCCUGCAGUUACCAAGGUAGCAGCUGGACCUCUCGUCAAGAAUGUUCACACCGAGUUCUUGGAGAAUUAUGACGCCCACCCGCGCUAUGCUUUCGAAUACAGUGUCAACGACCCCCACACCGGGGACAUUAAACAACAGAAGGAGGAGAGAGACGGUGAAGUCGUCAAAGGUCAGUAUUCCCUCGUGGAGCCGGACGGUUCCGUGCGAACUGUGAACUACGUUGCCGACUGGGAGACUGGUUUCCACGCCGACGUUCGCAACAGCAAAGACAAUCAACACUAGAUAAAAUUCGGAAAGGAACAUUGUCUCAGCAUUCGGCAUUCCUUAUUCGGUCUGACCACCUGUCGAAACCUAAAUUAGUGACCUAAACGGUCGUUCGUAGUUUAUGAUGUAAAUAAAUUAGGAAAACGUAACGAAUUGGAUAAGAACGGAAGUCGAUAGCCUUGUUCGGUCAGGCAUGUUUGGUAAAACAUGAUUUAUGUUUGUCAAGGGAAAUUCUUCUGAAAGCUACCAGGAUUAGAUUCAAGUAAAUGCCAUUAUCAUAAAUGUUUAGUAAGUAGAUACCGACCCGGUUUAAUUAGCCGAGUAGUUUAAGGUUCAUUAUAAUCAAUGCCAUAAUUAGAAUCGCAAAAGUUCCGAAUAUUUUUUAUAUCGAGUUUAUAAUACUAAGGACCGCCUACGUCAUCUCUACCAUUACAUCACUUCUCACUUACCAUUAAGUAAGUAAAAUCCUUUCCAUUAUUCAUAUCAUCGUAAGUUUGUUACCCAGAUUGUCGAACUUUCCUUUCUACACUUUAAAUUGUUGGUAUACGCAACUUGGAUAGGAACCAGGCCUUGAACACUGAGGCAGACCAAAUACAAAGUACCGCUCACUUUAUUUCCGCAUUCACCAUCCUUUCAAAAUGUAAACAAAGGCGUUUAUAUCCAUUAAGAUAUUCGAAGUAUGAAGUACAUUUUUCUUUACAGAAUUAUGUAAAAGCUCCUUUAAUGCCAUGAGGCUAGGCUAUCAAUAUUAGUCAUGCUAUUGUAUUUGAAAUUACUAUCUAUAAUCGAUUUGCUUAGGUACUCAAAAAGGUGAAAUCUUGGUGUUGCUUUUUAUACAAACCCAUACCAAUAUUAAAAAAGAAAUAAGUGAUAUACUCGAAUUAGUAAUCUUUAUCGUCUUUUGCAUAUGUUUUUAGUCGCGUUUUAUUUUUUAACUAAGUUUCUGGACAAAAUGACAUGCCAAGAUUGUUUACCUGUUUUUAAGCACUCAAACAAACUGAGUAUUUUUAAUUUUGUAUAGAAUUCUAAAAUGUAUAUAAUAUAAAGUUAUUAUAAUCGGUAAGUAUAUUUUUUGUAACCUAUUAUAUAAAUAAAAUACAAAAUAAGCAAAACUUUGUACAUACUUGUGUAAGUUUGUGCACAAUUAAAUGUGACUGAUGAAUA